CCCUGCACGCACAACACAGCUGCCGCCAUACAAAGUAGCCUAACACUGCUAGUUUGCAGUUAACACACAUACUUAAGAGAAAAGUUUGGUGCUUUCUUCAAAAUGGGCUGCUUGUUUCAGGCCGUUGUUAUUUCGACCGCCAUUCUCUCCACGAUGUCACUGACAGUGAUGCAAAGACGGGAUCAGAAUGUAGAAGCAACGAAAUAUCUGAAAAGAUUUGGCUACUUAAGCACUCCCUUGGACCCUCAUACUGCGGCUGACCAUAGUUCAGAAACAGUUAAGGAAGCCCUCAGAAUCUACCAGAGGAUAUCAAACCUGCCUAUCACAGGAAAGGUUGACAAAGCCACCAUCGAGAAGAUGAGAGGACCUCGCUGUGGUGUUGAGGAUCCUUUCAAUCAGAAAGCCAUGAAAUACAGACUCUUUGGUGGUGCGUGGCGCAAGAGGAGCCUGACGUACCGUAUCUACAACUACACCCCUGACCUUGGCAAAGAGGGGACCCAGAGGGCCAUCCGCUCUGCUUUCAAGUACUGGAGCGACGUGGCCCCGAUCAGCUUCAAGGAGGUGUCGUACGGCCGCGCUGACCUCCGGAUCUCCUUCCACGACCAAGGGAAAGGCCUGUGCAACUCCCCCUUCGACGGGCCUGGUCGGAUCCUUGCUCAUGCUGAAGCCCCGCCUUCAGGUAUCAUUCACUUUGAUCUGGAUGAGGAUUGGACGGAGGGCCAGUACUCAGGCACCAACCUGCGAAUCGUAGCUGCUCACGAGAUCGGCCAUGCUCUGGGCUUGGGUCACUCUCAGUACACCAGUGCGCUGAUGGCCCCUCACUACAGAGGCUACUCUUCCUACUUCAGGCUGCAUUUUGAUGACAUCAGAGGCAUACAGUCCAUCUAUGGUAAACGAGAAACAGAGGACUCCAACUCUGUUGACAUGACACCACCUACAAUUGCUCCAACCCCAACACACUCUGAAGCACCAGAUCCCUGCAGUGCCAAACUAGAUGCUAUCAUGCUGGGUCCCUGGAGGAAGACCUAUGCCUUCAGUGGAGAUUAUUUCUGGACGGUGAAUGAGGCUGGAUACAAUGAGCCAAUCAGAAUCAACCUCCUGUGGAAGGGUCUGCCUGGCAACAUCAAUGCAGCUGUCCACUCUCAGAGGACCAACAAGACCUUCUUCCUGAAAGGAAACAAAGUAUGGAGGUAUACAGGCUUGCGGCUGGACUAUGGAUACCCCAAGACCCUGACAAAGCUCUCACCCAACAUUGAUGCUGCUCUGUAUCUGGAGAAAAACAAGAAGAUUGUCUUCAUCAAGGGUUCACUCUACUGGCAGUGGGAUGAGAUUUCCUACACAGACCUGAGCAUCUACCCCAAGCGUAUCUCCAAUCUCUUCACCGGCGUACCACACAACCCCGAUGCAGCUUUCACUUGGAAAAAUGGCAAGAUUUACUUCUUCAAGGGUGACAAGUACUGGCGUCUUAACCGUCACCUUAAGGUUGACACUGGCUACCCACUCAGCAUCCAGGAGCGGUGGAUGCAGUGCAACUACUGAUCCACAAGUGGGCGCCAGAGACCAUUUCCAGCAGCUGGAGUCACCAGCUGAUUCAGGAGACUACAGUUCCCAUAGUUCAUAGUGUUGACAAGCAAGAACUGUUACCUUGAGAGCAGGGUUUAAAUUUAUGAACAGUGGUGAGAUUUCACCUUUUGUGAGAGCCAUAUGCAGUACAAAGGUUGGGAAGUGUUGUUACAGUUGUUGGGGUAACUGUACAUCAGAGCUAAUCAAAGUAUCGCAAUUAUCACAAGUGAUAACAGGCAAGAUUGAUUCUGCCUCUUUUUUCGCAAUGACAAAGAUUAGGUGGGGUUGCAGGUAUUUUAUAAAAGAAUUCCAUACAAGCAGGACUUGUUAUAUCAAGAAAAUCUACAGCUUUUUUCUAAUCUGUUGUAGCAUCUGUGUGUGUGUGUGUGUGUGUGUGUGUGUGUGUGUGUGUGUGUGUGUGUGUGUGUGUGUGUGUGUGUGUGUGCAUGUGUGUAUCUAUGCACGUGCUUGCUAGCUCUUGAGCACAGUGUUUCUUUUUCAUUAAGCCCUGAUAUGUUUUGACCAGUGGAGGCAAUGUUCCUCCAGAAUACAAAGGUUUAUUGUUGUCUGAUAUUUUUAUGACGUUCCCCCCGGCAAUCUGCUUCAGUGUCAGCAGCAUCUUUGCUUCUGAUACAUAGUAACAGUGUCACCAUGUGCGAAAUUUCGGGGAUUCGUCAUCCUGCUACAAAAUGUACAAAAGUAUUAUUCCAAACACAUUUCAGUUUUUUAUUCUCUUUUCUCAGAUUUGAUACGACUUGAAAUAUCGCUAUGAGCUCAAAAUGUUUGUGAAAAGCGAGUUCUAUAGUUUUAUACCUGUUACAUCUGUGGCUAUUUUAUGCUUAGUUAUUAGUUAUUUCUGGAGUUCAUUCCACCUACAGGAUGAGUUGUAAAUAUUGGUAAAUACAGGGUUCAUCCCAUCAACGUUUUAUUGCCUCCUUUAGAACUUGAGUUGCUGCAAUUAGUCACACAGUACUCAUUGGAUAAAGUUCCAGUAAUUCUGUGAUAUUCCAGUAAUUGCCUUCUCACAGACAAGAGCCAUUAUAAUAUGUGAAAGGGGCAUUCUCUACAGGAAGCUUCACUGCCUACUUUAUUAUUAUUUUUCUAUCAGUUUCAUGAGCUUUAUUGUUUUACUCAUGGAUCUCAAGUCGCCUUUUUCCUGUAGCCUACAAGUUCACUAGUAUUUUAUGAUUUAAGACUUGAGAGUACACUUCAAGAGCAAUGUUAUGAAUCAUAGGUUAUUAAUUUCUCUACAUCUAACCUGUUUUGUAUUACUGAUGUGCCGGAGACAAACAGUCUAUUUCAA